CUCGAGAAGUAGUACGCUCUGCAAUCCUGUCACAGAAACGGGCAUUGGAAUUUCACCCUCCACAUUGACGACAGAUCUGAAAUCUGCUCAAGAAUUCAGCCGGGUCCACAGAAGGCGGAGUUACAGCCACCAUGGGUCGGGCGUUCGCUGCACGUACUACUGGAGGAGGAGGAGGCAGGCUGGGAAGAAUUCUGGCAUCGCCUCUUCUGUUUCUGAACCUACUGCUGUCCAUCAUCGUUCUGGGCUUGGCGGGUUGGAUGCUGGACAGAGAUAUAAGUCGCGGAAGCUUUGGUGGAAACCGCGUCACACCAUGGUUGUCGAUUUUUUCUCUGAUAGCCGGGAUGACUUCGCUUGCUUCGAUUAUGGCCGGGUUGCAUCACAUUAGGCUAUGGAAGCCCGAUACGGGAGCAGCAGCUCAGGCCACGUCGUGGAUUUCGUGGUUUUUGCUGGUGUUGGCGUUUUGUUUGGCGUGGAAGGAGAUCCGUGUUGGAGGAAGGGGGACGAGGCACAAAGUCCUCGAGGCCUUUGUGAUCAUCCUCACCAUCACCAAGUUCCUUUAUACCGUAGCUCUUUACUUGGUGGAUAAGGGCACGACUACCAUGACCUCGACGACUGGCUCCAAGCCAGAAAUUCCUGUCACCACCACGGGUGUCACCCACAUGUCUGAUGCCCCCGUUGCAGCAUCCGCCGUUUAGUGAGAGUUGCAAACGUUUCUGAAGACAUAUUCGAGUCCACUUUGUAGAUAUAUCCUCCCCAUUGUCAACUAGCACGUCUGCAAGUAUUUUGGAUUGUAACUCUUUGCUCAUUCCAUGCUCUACUAUGUAUGGUUUCUUAUAUUGCUUUGGAUCUUCUCCGCUGUCCAUGUUAUCAUUGAGUCGGCUGGUCUAAGACUUCAAUACAGUCAGUAUACUUUGGCCUCGCAGCGGGAAAAAGAAUUUGUCAAAGAAUACAACCAGUGAUGAAGAGAGAGAAAGACAUAUGUGUGACGCCGGGUGUUGAGAACGUAUGUGGAUAAAUAUAGAAGGACGAAGAUUUCGUAUACAGUAGCUAUCUCAAGAAUUGUUCAAUUCAAGUUCAUAGCAAGAAACAGUUCAAGUGUG